CCAGACCCAGACAGACCCAUAACAAUCACCACCACAAGAAAAAAAAAGAGAGAAAGAAAAAAACACCUCUUAAAACAUCCAUCCAUUAUCAGCAUCAUCAUGUCUUCCUCAAUCCCUACCGCCGCCAGCGUCUCCGAAUCGGCCGUCAUCGACGCGCCUCUUUCCCAGGUCUGGCACCUGAUCAAGCUCCAGGACUUUAGCAAGUUCUGGAGCAAGCUCGACAAGUCCGAGUGGAUCAAGGGUGCCUCGCCCGACACGGACCUGGUCAAGUGGACCUUCAAGGACGGCACAGUACUCGACGUGAAGCAGGAGGAGCACUCUACUAUCAACCACUACAUCACGUACUCGGUCAUCACCGCCUCCCCUGAGCUCACCUACACCUCAGUCCUCAGCACGAUCCGCCUGUACCCCAUCACCUCUGGCAAACACGAGGGCAGCACAUUUGUGACGUGGAGUGGAAACUUCUCGAGUGACGCCGACGCCGGUGUCAUUGAGGACGCCAAGUUCAAGCGUCGCGAGGCCCUGGCUGAUCUCGCUGCUGCUGUCUCCAAGUAAAAAAAACAAAAACAAAAAAAGAAACAAAAAACAAAAACAAAACAAAAGAACGGUGUGAUAUCUAGAGUUUGGGAUAGGGUGGAU